UUUCAGUGCAACUGGGCUAGCUAGCUAGUGCAAUGAUUUCAUUUUCUCGACGAUGGCACGAAUAAACCAAACAUAUCAAAAAUAAAUACAAGAAAAAAAAGAAAAAUAAUUGUGCCGAUAACGCAAAAGAAAGAAAAAAGAGGAGACGACCGAGCAGCAUUUCAAAUUGAAAAUGAGAAUGAAAAACGUAAUUCAGUUUUCGCAAUUCGCAAUAAUAAAAUAAUAAAAGUGAGGCGAAUCAGAUUGUAUAAUUCGCGCAAUUGAAUUAUUGCUAAGCCCAAUUAAUUUAUAAAUUGAUUAACGUAAAUACACAACACGACGCAACGCAACGCAAACAUGUUUGGCUGCAUUUAUCAGCUGUGGGAUUGGCUGGAGGCGCCACCACUCUUCACGCCCGGCACCAUGGACGCCAAGAAGCUGCAACAAUUACAGGCAGUAACGGCGCAACAAAAGAAAUUGCCGCUGGCCUAUCAAACGAAUCUUAUUGAUUAUCGCACGGCGACACACUCGCCAGCCGGUUACCAUCUACCACCGCAGGCGCUCUAUCAACAAUCACCCACGGCCACUUCAUCCUCGGGCGGUGGUCCGCUCUCUCCUAUCGAACUGCAGCCGCAGGCAAAGCAUGGCUUGUUAAAGCAUGGCCAUGGCGGAGGAGGCAACUCGAGCAGCUCGCAUAGUUCGCCGUAUCAUCAGUCAUACUCGAGCAGUGGCGGCACUGGGGAGCAGCUCUAUCAAUCGCCCACGGAACGAACUUAUUUGGCGGCUGCAGGGCGACUGCAGGCGAGCAACGCCAUCGCGGGCCAGCAUCCCAUAUCGGCGCUGCAGGCGCAGUAUCAACAGCUGCAGCAGGCCAAGAUGCAGGCACAGAUGGCCACACAGAAUGAGGCGGCGCAACAGCAACAGCGCACUUUCGCCAUGCGACAGGCGAUGAAUCCGCCAACCAAUCAUUACCACAUGAGUCAGAGUCCCAGCAUGGUGUCCACCAUGACAAUGCAGCAACAACAGCAGCAACAACAGCAGCAGCAGCAGCGAGCGCCGCCUUCGACGUUGAAUCUAUCGAAUCAAUAUCAGGCUGCUGCGGGACCUUUGAAGCUGCAGCCACAGAUGCCCAAGCAUUACCAAGAGCAGAUCUAUGCGCAGCAACAGCAAUUGCAACUGCAGCUGCAACAGCAACAGCUGCAGCAGCAACUACAACAACAGCAGCAGCAACGUCAAAAAGCUGAACUGCAAACACCAGGCAGCGAACAUGGAACCGUCUACAUACAGCAGAAUCAUCCCGGCCAUGUUGUCAAUCAGGCGUGUCAAACGCAGAUAUCGGCUGUCAAGCCCAAGCCUACGCCCAGCUCCGAGGAAUCGUCCUCGGCCUCGACGCGCAGUCCUACACAUGCGCCACUCGAUCGCAAGAAGAGCAUUGGCUCCAUUCAGGCGCUCAAAUCGCCCAUCACAAAGCGACCGCCCACAACGCCUGUGACCCUUUCGGGUUGGCUGCACAAACAGGGCUCCGAUGGCCUUAAGGUGUGGCGCAAACGUUGGUUUGUCCUCGCUGAGUACUGUCUGUACUAUUACAAGGGACCCGAGGAGGAGAAACUGCUGGGCUCAGUGUUGCUACCCUCAUAUCGCGUAUCCGCCUGUUUGCCCGAGGACAAGAUCUAUCGCAAGUUUGCCUUCAAGUGUGAGCAUCAGAAUAUGCGCACCUAUUGGCUAGCGGCCGACAAUGCCGAUGCCAUGAUGCAAUGGGUGCGAGCGCUCUCCGCUGCCAGCACUAUGCAGGCGCCCAGCAGCGGCGGCGAAUCGGAGCCGAGUGUGAACAGCUCGUUGAAUCACAGUGGCGAGAAUUCCGAUUCGGGCAUUCAUACGCUGCAAUCGCAGCCUGGCAAGGGACAAGUGACUCCAGCUUCGGAUAAUGCGGGAGCUGGCAAUGGAGGCGGCGGAGGCGGUGCACAACCACUUUAUGCCAAUGCACCGCCAAAGCCGCGUCGCAUCAAUGACGGCGGCUACUCGUCGCCAUCGCCCGAGCACAACGAGCAGCAGCCAGUGCCUCCUAGUCGACGCAGCGGUGGCGUCAUGUCACCUACGCAGCAGUUGUAUCAGCAGCAGCAACAGCAGCAACGAUCUCAGCAGCCGCAACAGCACCACGCCAUCUACGACACACGCACAGGACACGUGUCCACAGCGCUGCAGCUGCAGCAGGCACAACAGCAGUACUCGCUGGAUCAUCUCGAAGCACAGUUUCAGCAACAGCAUCUCGACAUGGAGGAGCAGAUAGCGCGUCUGCAGCAGCAACGUGCCGUCGAGGAGUUGUAUGGCGAGCGAGAUCUUUACAUGGCCAAGUUAAUGCAACGCGGCGGCGCCGCCGGUUAUCCCACACAGCAGCAACUGCAGGCCGAACGUCGCACGCCCGAUGCCUAUGGGCGCUCUAAGCAACGCAUGUUUGCCGCUGCUGCGGCGGCAGCUGCUGCCGACUACGAGGACAUCUACAAUAUGUCACAGCUGGGGGGAGCAGGAGCACCAAUGUCGGCACACGAAGCGCUGCUGCAGGAGGCAGCUAGUUACAGGCGGCCACUGAGUCCGCCUAGUUACGAUGGCAACAAGCAUGUGCCAGCCAUGCCACAGCGUUAUACACCCAAUCAUCUGGAGCCGUCGCCUGCCGAUCAACUAAUCAAUACCAUGGACUUGCGUGCUCGCUCCGCUGCGGCCAUUGUGCGUCCCCAUUCCGCUGAUUUUCUGGAGUAUGAGGCGCGUGCCGAGGCCGCUGCGGCUGCAGCUGCCGCUGCCGUUGCACACAGCAAGCACGAAACGGGCCGUGCACCGCGACCCAAAUCGAGUCUCGACAUAAAUCGCACACCCGAUAGCUUCUACUACUCGGAGGCCAGCUACGCGGACAAGAUGCGCAAGAGUGCGCUUUACUUGCAAAGCGGCGGAGGCGGUGGUGCAGCUGCACAGCCACAGCAGGCGGGCAGCUAUCGCACAACGGGCGGUGAAUUUGGCAGCGGUGUUGUGCACACCAUUGGCUACGAGAAUCCCUAUGAGCGUGCUUACAAGCGACAGGAACUUCUCGCCGAGGCACAGGCUGCACAGGGCAACGUUGCAUGCAGCAUGCCACGCAUGAGUCGCUCGGCCAGUCAGGGUGCUGGCGCUGGUGCUGCCGCACGAUCCGUUUCAACACAUGCACAACCAGAUCAACAACAGCAGCAGCAGGAUGAGGAUUUGCCUCCUUUGAAUGUGCAUCCGGGUUCCAUAUUCCCGCCCUCGAUGUCCACGCAAGAGAUCAUCAGCAAGAACGAGCAAUUUCUGCGCUCGGCCAGCGCACGGCUGCCCAAGCGUAGCGGUGGCAUCGACGAUGACUAUUCGGCCUCCAAUUCGGUGGCAACGUCGCCCACAUCGGCAGCCCCAUCGCCGCACAACAACAACAAUCCACAGGAUGGUGAGCGAAAGCGGGAGGAGUCGAUGAAGCGACUGCUCGAGUGGAAGCAGCGCAUGUUACAGUCGCCACUGACACGCAAGGGCAUUCAGCAAGGCGGCAGCAAUAUGUCGGCCAUGUCCAAGCUGGGCAGCAACCCCAACAUUCUGCUCGCCUCAACGGCUGUGGCCAGUGGAGCACGCUACGCGCCACAUGCGGGCAAGACGGGUCUGGUGGCCAAUGGCGGUGGUGCAGCUGGCGGUGCCACAGCGAGUCCCAGCAGCUCGGGCAUACAGCGUUCGAGAUCGGAAACACAGGCAAAUGUCGGUCCUGGUGGCGUGUACAACAAUUACUCGUCGGAUGAUGAGGAAGACGCACAGAGCGCUGCUGGGCCUGUGGAUGAUAACAUAAGUGUGACGGCAGGAAGGUCAACAACAACUACAACUGCAACAAGCACACAAAGCACAACAAUAACAACAACAACAGCGACAACAAUAGCAAUAGCAACAACAACAAUAUCAGCAUCGAACUUAAGCCUUAGCUCAAGUUUAAGCAGCGUAAGCGCAACAUCAACGCCAAAGCUUAAAGAGGCGCCUCUGCCCCCUAUGGGGCAGAUAGCAACAGCAACAUCAACUCCAAUAACGACCAUUCCAAGCAGUCACAAUUUCCAGUUAAAGCCAAUACUCAAAGUGCACGAGGCCAGUAAAACCCCCAUUAUUCAGGUGCAGCCAAAGCAGCUGCCUGGCAGCUCGGUGAAACCGAAACUAAAGCUGCAUUUGCCAUUGCCAACAAGCAACCGAAAUGAGGAUGAAGAUGAGCAUGAGGAUGACGAUGAGGAUGAGGAUGAAUGUGAGCAGCCAGUGCCAAUUUUGCCCAAGAAAAAAGCACCCAAGUCACCACAGAAUGCAAACUAUGUGCCUGUCUACAGCAACAAGCUGGUCAGCAGCAGCAGUAACUACGAGAACAUUGAGUAUGCAAAGGGAAGCGGCAGCGGGGCGAUUAACAAUGCAGAGGAGACGCCCAUGUUGAUGCAACUAAAACUGUACAAAGAGCAGCAACAGCAGCAGCAUCAUCAGCAGUUGCAGCAGCCUGAGGAGGAUUUGACACCCACGGCAGAGUCAAAGCCAGCACUGGGCGAGUGCAUAGAAGAAAGCAAAGGAACUAAAGAUGAUGCAGCAGAUGAUGAUGAAGAUGAAGACGAUGAGAGUACCGCCUGUGAAGAGUACACAGAUGAUGACAUUGACGAGGCUUUGGCGCAGGACGAUGAUGAUGACGAUGACGAUGACGCUGUUGAUGCCAGCAACGAAGAUGUUAAGAGGCUGCAAACAGCUGAAGAUGUCAGCGCGAAUGCUAAUUUGCCCAGCGACAAGGAGCUUCAACAGCUGUAUGUAAAUGAGCCCAUAACACCCACAGAUCAGCAGUUAGACGAAAGUCAUUACCUGCCCAUGACACCCAAGAAAGUGGAGCUAGGCCAACCUGGAGGCCUGAGCCUUGUGGCCAGUUUCGCCGAGGAGGAAGAGAAUCAUUAUGUGGAAAUGACCAAGGGACUGAAUGAUGAUGAUAACCGCAGCAAUUACGAGAUUAUGUGCAUCUCCAGCCAAGUCACAAGCAGCAUCAGCAACAUCAAGUUAAACAACACUGAGCCCGUCUACAUGGAGUUGUCAGGUGUUAAGGCAGCCGCCGCUGCAGCUGUCGAGGAGGCGCACUGCUCCUCGGGACGCUCCACGCUCAAGAAGAGCAAAAAAAAUGCAACGGAGGCGCUGAAGAAAAAAUCGAAGAAACGUCAAGGCAAGGAUAUGCCCGACAUUCUAAAGCCCACCAAGAGCGCGUUGGCAAGCGACAGCUCCGAUGCGGACGAUGAGAGCAGCAAACAGCAACUGGAGGCGAAGCGAUUGCGUUCCCGCACACGUUUCAGUCUGUCGGAUACGUUUCGACCGGCGUCAUAUUAUCUGGGCGCCUCAACGCCACUGAACAACUAUGCGGAGAGCUCGGACAGCGAGAUUUUGCCACCGCCGCCAAUACCAGACUCUCCGCCACCCAUGGAGGAGCUGAAGACAGAGGAGAUUUUCUCCUCAGAGCACUAUGAUACUGUGAAGCGACGCGAUAGCAGCGGCAGCAAAGUGCAUUUAUCGUACGAACAAUUGCCGAAAAUGCACGCCAGCAACACGUCUCUCAAUCUGCCCAAAAUGGAAGCCAGCAGCACCACGUUGAAGAGCAGCCGCCUGUCGCUGCCCGAUCACUUCGCCAAGGUGCGAGGUACUCCAGAGCAGCAGCAGCACCGACGUGCGUUGGCUGCCGCAACUGCAGCUGGCAAUCCUGGUUUGGCCUUGCUACAGCAGCAGCAUGCACGCACAUUGUCUGACUCGAACUACAGCUGCCAAACGGAUAAGAGUUCGUCACGCACCUCGUCGGAUCUGGAGCUGUAUCGCAAGCUGCAGCAGCUGCCAUCGCCUGCGCGUUGCCCUAGCAACAAUUCGCUGCCAAUGCGUGCGGCGGCAUUCGGCGACAGCAGCGAAAGCGAUUCUGUGGAGUUUCGUCAACGCUCCGACUCGGAGUUGGAGCGACAGCGUUCACGUCGCCCGCUGUCCCAGGAGUCCAUUAGUGAGAUUGAAUCGAUGAGCGAACACUUUGAGGAGACACUGAGCAGCCAUGAGCUCGACACCUAUCUCAGUCACCUGCAAGGCAGCGCCGAUUUGCGUCCCUAUCCGCAUGCCACGCCCACCAGGCAACUGCUGAGCGAUGCAAAUGCCGCAGCUGGCGCCAAUAUACUCACCAAUCUCAUCAAGCCACCAAAGACAUUCCGUAAUGCAGACGGCGACGAACAGCACUUCUACGGCAACAUACAUUUUCUAUCCUCCACGGACUCCAUUCAGCAGCUGGGCAGUGUGACAGAGGGCGCUGCUGCAUGCCUCACACCGUUGCACAGUCGAAACAACAGCAACAUUUCCACACAGUCAGCUCCAUACUAUUACUCCGAGUUACCGGCGCCACCUUUAAAUAAUCAACGCGAUAUUCAUGCACAUGGCUUGAACAUUGCGCACAUUCACAACCCCAUUGAUCGACGGCAGUUCAAUAUGGAUGCGUUGGUGGACAAGGAUCAGAGCAUUGACAGCAAGAAUCUGUAUAGCGUGAAGGCCAACAAUGAGAAGUUGAGCUACAGCUGCAGUAAAAACUUGAAAGUCGGUCAACAGCAGCAGCAACAACAGUUGAAGUUGAACAAUCGGCAAUUCGAUGCCAUGGAGAUGGCCGGCGAUGAGAGUCAUUCACUAAACCAUUCUCAUUCAUAUCUUACAAAUACUAAAAAAAAUUCAAAUAUCGGUAGUAAACUGACCGGUGGUAGCCUGUUGGAUGGACGUGGUGUUAACGAAGACGAUGACGAAGACGGAGACGGAGACGGAAACGUUGUUGGUGCUGGUGACGUUGACAAGAGAGCGACAACUGCGACAACCGCAAAUGCCAAUGCAAAUGCUAGCAAUAACGCCAAUCAACUCUCAGUUUUAGGUGGAGAGCUGCUCUGGGAGGAGGAUGCGCUCUGGCGUGAGAGUUUGCGUCGUGUCUCACAGCGUCAUGCACGCUCCUUGGACGAUCUUGAUCGCAUUGCAGUCGCUGCUGCCGUCGCACCAAUUCCGACACCAGCUCCAGUCACCACACCGAGUAGUCAUGCCACCAAGACGAAGCUCAGUCGUGAUGUGACCUAUGUGAAUGAUUGUCUAAAGCCACGGCUCAGCGUCACAACAACCGCGUCACCUUUGCCCUCGCCAGCUAGCGAUGAGCAUGAUGUCUAUGUGCAGCUGCAGCAGACGCAGAAUGAGACAGAUCUGUAUGAAGUACUGCGCGAGGAAACUGGCUCGAAUUUAUCGCAUAAAUCCAACGAGCUGGAUCGCGAAAACAUACGGCAAUGGGAUGCCAUGUCGAGUGGCCUUAUGAAGAGCAAUAAUAAUGCCGAAAUUGCAACCGCACCCGCCACCGCCACGCCCACCACAACGCGAACGCCCGCAUCUAGUGGUCCAAUGCUGCCGUUGACCAGCAAUGUGCGCUCCAUCAUUCAACAGCUGAAUGGCAACAAUGAAGCCAAUGUGAAUAAUAAUCCCUUUUUUGCAGCCUCGAUAUCGGUGCGCAAUGUGAACAAUUUGCCAAAGGGCAAUCUAACUGUCAAACCGGAUCCAUCAGAUGCACUGCAUCUGCAGCAACAUCAGCAUGAAUCAGCGUUUGCCCAUUAUGAUCCCUAUUAUGGCAAUGCACAAGGAACCAAAUACGCAAAGGCCACAAUGUUAACAGAUCGCGGCCUUUAUGCCAAGUCAAUGGGCAUGGCGACAUCGACGCCACAGCACCUGCAACAGCAACAGCAACUACAGUUUGGCAUGCGACGUGCGGGCAGUCGAGCUGAAAUCGAUAUGCUUGAACGAGAGACCAGCUCCCAAAUACGGAAUCGCCUGCGUGGCGCCGAGGGUUUGACACGUGCCGAGAGCAUUCAGCGUCUGGAUUAUCUAAAGCAGCAUUUGCUCGACUUGGAGCGGCAGUAUGAGAAGAGCAAGCCGCUGGUCAAUCUGGUUGACAACAUGGUUAAACUUGGAUCACUGUAUCGAAACGAUGCCAAUGGCCGAGCACAGCCAGCGACUUUGGAUCGCAUGGAGUUCAAUCAGCGCAUGCAGGAGCGUCAAAUGCUGCAAGAGGAGCAACAGCAAUGGGAUCGCCUGAGUCCCAAUCAGGCAGAGUUGCAGGCUAAGGUGCGUGAGCUGUAUCAGCUGGAUCAGCUACUGCAGGAGGAGUCUGGCAUACUGCAGAGUCUGCAGCGUGACAAGGAGGAUCUGGAGCGUGCUUUGGGCGGCUUGAAGGCCCGCAUACAUGACAGCAAUGCCACGCCCAUGGCGCUGGAGGCAGCCAAGAAGCAGCAGCACAUACUGGAGCGAGAGCUGUCGCGUGUGCAUCAAUUGCUGGCCGAGAACUCAAAGAAACUGGAGCAGACCGUGGCGGGCAAUGCGCGACUCGAGCAAGAGUUGCUCACCCUACGCCAAAAGGUGCAGGCAUCACGUAACAACGAGGCAAACAACACUGGCGAUGCCUCCCAGGUGAAUGGCAAUCAGACGGCAGCCGUGCUACAGUCGGAGCUGGAACGCGUUCAAUCAUUGGUCGGCGAUAUGCAGCGUCAGCGACAUGAACUCAGCUCCGCGGUGCGGCAAUUGACCGAGAAUUCGACGCGUUUGUAUCAGGAAAUUGGCAACAAGGAAUUGACAACUGCGGCCACCUCGAAUGGCAGCCUGAAGAAGCGCAGCAACUCGACCAGCUGGACAGAGACCGAUCUGGAUGCCAACAACAUGCUGAAUAGCGGCAGUCAACAGCAUUUGAAUGACUCGACUUUGAAUCUAUCGACGCCUCUCUAUGUGGACACCAACAGCGCUGCCAAGUUGAGUGAUUACAAUCGCUACAAUGGCAGCAGCGAUGCUUUGGAGAUGAGUGGCGUGGACAGCGACGGUUUUCUCGAUAGCAAUCCCUUUGCCAAUCUCAGCAAUCUGGAGAAACAGGAGAUUAAAACGGUCCGCAUUGUUAAGCGCGAAUCGGAGCGUCGUCAUCGCGAUCGCAGUGAACGCGGUUUGAGCAAUUCCACGCAAAAUCUUGAUCAGGUUAUGGAGGAAGAACACUAUGCUCAACAGCAGCAGCAACAGCAAUAUGCGCAUGGCGUGGAGGAGCCCAUGACAAAUGGACAUCACAGUCGCUCCAAGUCGCUGCCGCGUAGCUACAACGAACCGCCAAAGCUGCGGCACAGCCGUCACAUGAAUGGCAAGCAGAAUGGUCAGCAUUAUAAUGGUGGCAAUAGUGAUUACGAUCGCAAUAGCAACUAUGAGCAUCAGGCGCCACCGCCGCCAGCACCGCAGAGCAAUGGCCAUCAUCACAGCCAUCAUCAUCAGCAGAAUCUGAAUCCGUUGGCCAAUGCCUAUUUCGCCAAACAGCUGCAACAGCAGGCAAAUCCAGCCAGGGAUAGCGCACGCGUUGCUCUGCGCACCAAAACCGAAUCGAUGCAGAGUCUUAACAAAAGUCUCACGGAUAUUAGCCCUGAGCCGGUGUUCCAGAGCGUUGCAGCACGGCAGAUCAUCAACGAAAUGUCCGCUGGUUCGGCAUCCGAGGAUACCGAGAAGAUUGUAGAGCGUGUUCCGCCACCGCACAAGCAUCGACGUGCUGUGCCGCGUGAGAAGCGACGACACUACACAGCUCCCAACAAUGUUAACCAGAAGGCCAUGGAGAAGGUGCAGGCUGAAAACGACAUGAAUCGCAAUAACACAAACUGGCGUGCACGCGAUGAUCUGGACAUGGAGGUGGCGUUGCGUCCACGCAUCAAUGCGCCCGAUGUGGUGCGCUCGGCUCUUGGUCAAGGAGAAAAGAUCUCGGAGAAUACUAUUGACAAUUUACUAUUGGCACCCAACAAAAUUGUUAUACCCGAGCGUUACAUACCAGAAACAACGCCUGAACUGUCGCCAGAGGAGAAGAAACGUCGCCAGGAGAAAGUUGAAUCCAUCAAGAAGAUGCUGGCUGAAGCACCCAUAAGCAGCAAUGAGAACGAAACCAUUCCAGCCAGCAAGUUGAAUGCCGAGAAGAAGCAACGAGAGCAUUUGCUGCAGCUCAAUCAAAUCUUGGCCCAGCAAGUUAUGCAAGUCAGCAAAAUAGUUGCUGAGAAAGCCAUGUCAAAGACGGCCAACGGCAAAUCGAAUCAGGGCAGCGAUGAGGAACGAUGUUCGGAAUCACCAACCGAUCCACUGCCGUUAUACCAACAACGCGAUAAUUUUUAUAGUUAAGCUGACAACCGAGACUACGAUCUACAAUAGAACUCCGAAAUGAAAAUCGAUUAAAAUCAAGCACAAUAACAGCUGCAUUUAUCUUCGAAAUCAAACUAGAAAACUUUGCUAAAACAAUAUUUUAAUCGAAAUAUCAAUUUGUUAACCGACUGAAGAGAAACAACAAACCAAUUUCAAAAGAAAUCUUAUCAAAACACUGUUGAAAGUUAAAAGAAAACGAAUUUUUAGGAGCGAAAAAAAAGAAUUGUUAAUGCUUAAUGCAUACGCAUGCAUAAUCGUAUAUGCCUAAAUUAUAUACACUCACACACACAUACGCCCAAUGACUCUUUUACACACACUCACAUUCACACAUAAUAUAUACAUACUAUUUAUGUAAAAGAUGCAACAUAUCAAUAAGCGUGUUAAAAAUCAAUUCGAAAAAACGAUGAUAAAUUACAUCAAAUGUUAAUGCAACGUUCUCCUAAAGUGUAGCUAACAGUUUAUUGACUGUCGUCGCUUAGUAUAGUAGCACCCAUAUCGCUCUAUAUACUAUAUAUAUAUACAGUUAUGUAUCCGAAUCUUCGACAUCAAUACCUACUUGUUGUAUAGUUUAAAGUGUACACGUUCCUGUGCAAGUUCUACAAAAAUAUUAAUAAAUUAAACAGAAUGGAUGGGAGAGCCAAUUCUUAUGUCUUGGUAACUAAAACAAUAACUUUAAAGACUUUUACAAACAGACUUUUGAAGAGUAGCGCAUUUUUCCCGUUUUGAACAGAAACCUACAAAAUAACAUAGUAACAACAAAUCAACAAAACAACAAUUUCUAUGCCAAUUAUUGCAUUUGAUAGAAUACAAUUUUUAUGCUUAGGAAAAAUGCCAUCAAAUCAAAAGCAAGCAAACAAAGGGCACCAAAUGUUAGUUAGGAUCAUCUAACAUCAUAUACUAGAAUCCAACAACAUCCAAAAUAAAAAUCAGUCAAGCUCAAGUAACAGCAUUUCUAUGAGGCGCACUCUGAAGGCAUUUUCAGCCAUUGGCAAUAUUUCAAAUGUACCUAUUACAUGAAAAAAAUUGAACACUUAAUAUAAUUGAAGUGAAAAGAAUCUGAAGUACGAAAAUGCAUAUAUUAAUUUUAAAUUACUCAACAAAAAAUAUAUCGACAUAUAUUAUAUGGAAAAUGAAAGCAUAAUACAUAAAUAUACAUACUUAUACACAAUUAAUUAAAUGUAGGUCAAUUAGCCAGGCAAUUAAUGAAUGAGAAGUGGAUGGAAGGAACUAUAAACAAUUACGCAACAUGUUCAUCAGUGUUUUUAAACAAUGCUAAAUUAAUGAUCUUAACUAUGCAAUUCACAGUUGAUGUCUGUAUAACUUUUAAAGUUAUUGAAAAUCACAAUUAAAAUUAUACAAACAACAAAAAAUGAAUAUCGUAAAUAUGCAUAAAGUAAACACAACACAACGAUAAGCUGUUAAAUAUAUAUAUAAACACAAUACACACACAAUAUAUAUAUAUAUAUAAACAAAAAGAAAAGCAAGCAAAUUGUACAAAAUGUAAUUUAAGUUAAUGUCAAGUUAUUAGUUUUUAGUUGUUACGAGUUUUAAGUUUUAUUUAUUGCUAAGUUUAUGAAAUAAUUUCCGAUUGAUUCAAUACAUAGUACAUAUUUAAUAAUUACAGAAUAUUACGUGCAAAACUUAUUAUAUCACACAAAAUAAUUUAUACGUUUCGCGGUGCUAUAUGUAUACUUAUAAUAUGUGUAAAAUGCUUACAAAUUUGUUUGCCCUUAGUUCAGCCCAAGUCAAUUUAUGUGCUAGUUCGAUGGUUAUAUCAAGCUUAUAUCAGAGUAUGAAUUGCAAUCCGCAAAUAUCGCAAAAAAUACAUAAGACACAAAUAUUUAUUGCAUAAAUACAUACAUAUACAUACAUAUAUAGAAAUACAUACUAUACAUAAAUACAUACAUACAUACCGUACACUAUACAUAUUGUAUGACAUAAUAUUGAAAAUGUUUGAACAAAAAUGAAAACUGCGAAAAGACGAGAUAAAUGUUAUCAAUAAAGAAUAUAGUUGAAAAUUCAAA